AUGGAAUUCCGAAAUAAAGAUCCUGGAGCUGUGCAAUAUGGAAACUUUAUCAACUACUAUCAAUUUAACUCAGCAGAAGAACGCUUAAAACUUCUUCCCACAGAACAUUGGUCGGCAGACGAUGACGAACAAAAUGCACCCUACCUAGUACUAGAUGUUGGCUGUAAUUCUGGCGUAUUCACCCAACUUUUAUAUGGUUAUCUUAGCAAAUUAUUACCACAACGUAAAAUUCUCGUCUAUGGUGUCGAUAUCGAUGAUGCCCUUAUCAAAAGGGCUAUUGCAGAAAAUAAUUGUGAUUCAAUAGCAUUCGAUUGUGUUGAUGUUAUGGACAAUAAUGCAUUUGAAAAAGUCACCGAAUAUUUGGCAAAACAUCAACGUUCGAAAUUCGAUGCAAUUUGUUGUUUUUCAAUAACAAUGUGGAUACAUUUAAAUCAUCAUGAUGCAGGACUGCAAGAAUUCCUACGUAAAUUAUCAUCGUUAGCUAAAUUAUUCGUUGUAGAACCACAACCCUGGAAGUGUUAUCAGACGGCUGAGAGAAGAUUAAAAAAAUCGGGAGAAGUUUUUCCAUUAUUUCUCGAUUUAAAAUGGCGUUCUCAGGUGGAAGACGAAAUACAAAAUUAUCUUGAAUCGACAUUACAAAGGCGGAAAGUGUAUGAAUCAUGUCCGACGAAGUGGAAAAGAAAAAUUUGUUUUUAUAGAUAA